GAAGGCGUCGGAUAGAGAGCGGUCCAAAGGAAAAGAAGUCAUGUAUCCGGAUCGUCGACUGUACCUGCUUGUGCUGUACGUAUUCGCAAUACAUCUUCGGAUGUCCAUCGGAGGUAACCCACGGGACAGUGCCCAGGUCAGUGCCCGGAAUGCACCGAACAAUGCCACCAACAGCAACAGUAGUGUGAGAAACAGUAGCAGCACCAAUAUUGCCUGCCGGGAGGAUGUGCUCGACCAGUGCCCUCCAAAUGCAUCAUGUGAUAAGGGUCAAUGUGUUUGUCUGUUCGGCUACAAGCUGAAUCCCACCUAUCACGGGAAGAACACUACCAGCAGUCUGUCCCCUACACCAGUUCCGAGUACCAAUGUUGCCUACAUCACCACGUACUGUAUGCCAGAUGAGACUGGCGCCAAAGCAACCUCCCUGCACGGAGGAACGAGCAGCGAUAGCAACAAAGCACCGAGCGAAGCAACGAAUGGAGAGGUUGGUAACAUGGGACAGCUGCCACUGCGGGAACCUGUCGAAGCGCAUCACAUCCUCGGUGGCGUACUGAUACCGCUCGCCUUCGUAGUGAUACUGGUGGGCAGUGCUGUUCUGGCCAAGCGUGCCGCGCUCUGGUCCCGACUGCGACAACGGUUCGCAGCGCACCGAAAUCGCCACCGGCGGCGGCCCGCUUACGAAGACGUGGUGCUAGUAGGCUUUGAGCCGCAGACGGGCAGGCUUUGAGAACGCCAAAGAGAACUUUACCAUGGUGGCGGGAUGGUGUGAAUUUAAGUAGAUAU